CUCGAACUGCUAGCUGUCGGUGUGUGUUGUUGUUGAAGCAAUGAUGGCGGCAGCGGGAUGCGGAUCAGCAACCGCGGCUGCCGUAGGAGGACAAGGUGGAACCGCUACGGCCAGAGGUCGCUUCCCCGGUCGGCCUUGGUCGUCACGCAGUCGUUUGCGCUCAGAGAAACGAUGGCAACUUGGACGAUCAGGCUCAGAAGCUGAUGAUGUGACUAACGGAGGGCCAAGGCCCGCGAACCUGGUCCUUUCGUUAAAUGAGGACCAGUCUCACUUACGCUUACUUGGGAUAGAGGCGGGCCACCAGACCCUUGGCCAGGCUGGAUACAGCUCUAGUGGGAGUGAGGAGGUGAGGUCCCAAACCGAACCAGGAGGGGACGACUUCAGAGGAUUUGAAGCUGAGAGAAAACGCUCCAAAGGAUCUGUAUGUUCACGACAAAACCCUUCCAAAGGUGAUGCUGUCAGCACAAAGUCUAAACGACAAAGUGAGAAGCUACCGCUUAAAAAGCCAGUUGUGGAGGCCACACCUGAUGAUGUAAAGGAUCUAAAAUCUUUGGAGGAAACAAAAGACGUUUCACCUGAAACAGAGCCUGACAAGGAUUGCAGGAAAAGUUCAAAAGGAAAAAACACUAUGGAUCGACAGUCCGCUAAAAGAGGAGCCUCAUCAGCAUCACCCAGGAUUACUAUAAAGUUGGUGGCCAAAAAGAAAAUGAAAACCAUUACAGAGCCUCUAAAAAAGUUUGCAAAGAAGUUGAAGAUAAAAGGAAUCCAGGAUCAGCCUAAAGCCAAGAACAUUCAGGGCGACCAGAUUUCAAGUGCGCAUGUCAAAUUAAAAACUGAACCGCAUGAGGAUAAACAAGGCACAGAAGAUAAAGGAGGGGGGACUCUACCUACAAGAAGGCGUGGGAGAUCUGCUUCAAAGACAUCUGAGCCUGUCUCCCAGCCUAGCGCCAAAGUUGUGGUUGAUGACCAAAAAUUAAAAGAGAGAAAAUCAGCGGAUAAAUUUGACACUGUUAAGGAGAGCAUCACUAUGGAGCCAAAAACGAAUGCAAGGAAAUUAAAGCAUAAGGACAAAGUAACAGAGCAAGUUUCCGAAGUUAAUCAACUAAUCACUCGUAGGAGCAAUAGAGUCAUUAACCCACUCACUAAAAAAGUAUCAGAGUUUGCAGCUGAACCAGAAAAUCUGAGUAAAAGUGAUGCAAUUCUUGGGGAGUCAAAGCCAGAAGUUCCUCCAAUGGCGGAGACCAAACCAUCAAUGAGAAGUGACGGACGAAGGCAAAGCAAGAGGCUGAAUAAGGAAGUAACCCUUACUGAAAACCAUGGAUCACAACAAUCCAGGGACAGUUUGGAUACACGGAUCCAAAGUUUGAAGUUGAUGAAGGUCAGAAACCCAAAAUAUGAUGCACAAGCCAGUAACAACAACUCGACUCGAAAGAAAAAACAUAGAAAGAAAUUUAUCUGGACUUUAACAUUAGUGAAGGCAGAACGUCCAACACAGGGUGCUGUGAACACUGUCAAAGUAACAGAUAAGGCUGUUGGUGAAGUAGAUCUUUCUGCUAUUUGUGACCCCGUUGUUGACCAGAGUUUGAGGACAGUGGAUCAAAAGUCAAAACAGGAUAACUCAGCCCCACAAGAGAGUAAAAGCUUGGAUAAUAUUGUUAAGGGUUCCCAAAACAAGGCUGAAGUGUCAACUGAGGAUCAUUCCACUUUGCAGGUGGAAGUUGAAGUGGACCACAUACAUGAAACCCCUUCACAAGAAAUUACUAAAAUGGAUAGUGGGAAGGUUCCACCUCUUCAGAUCAAAAAGGUCUCUUCUCCUGGGAAACAUAAAAGUUCAAAGCCAUCCUUUUUAAUUCAGCAAGUUAGCCCUGUGUCUGAGAAGAAAGAGGAUGUUCUUAAAGAUCAAGUUAGCCCUGUGUUUGAGAAGAAAGAGGAUGUUCUUAAAGAUCAAGUUAGCCCUGUGUCUGAGAAGAAAGAGGAUGUUCUUAAAGAUCAAGUUAGCCCUGUGUCUGAGAAGAAAGAGGAGGUACUUAAAGAUCAAGUUAGCCCUUUGUCUGAGAAGAAAGAGGAGGUACUUAAAGAUCAAGUUAGCCCUGUGUCUGAGAAGAAAGAAGAUGUUCCUAAUGAUCUAAGUGAGGUUAAUGAGGAUAAAUCAUCAUAUGUGGAUACUGAAGCCAGCCCAACUAGACGGCUAAGGAGGAGGAGAUUAAGCCUUGAUUCACCACAACCAAAGUCUGUUGCUCAUAAACGAGUGGUCACUCAGAAAAGGAGGCUUAGAACAAGUCCAAAAGACAAAGAUACACCACAGGUGCACGUUGAAGAUUCUGCUCAGGCUUCAGCUGAAGAGUCCAACUCACACGGUCUUCCUAAAAACUCCUUUCAGGAUUUGGCUGGCGAGCCCUUGGAGGUGAUUAGUGAAAACACCACGGAAGUUCCUGAAAAGGAGACCUCAAAAGUCCCUGACAAUUCGUCACAGUUGCCAGUUGAAGUUACUCAGCAGAAGGUGGAGGAUCAGGUGGAACUGCAGAUCAAAGAGACCAAACCAUUGCCUGUGCCUUCCAAACCUAGGAGAUGUAGAAAUAAUAAACUAGGGAAAAAGAGGUCCGUUCGAGGAAGAAAGCUGUUGUCUCUCCUGAAACUGCUGUCAGCACAGAGUUGAGUAUCACAGAGUCUCUGCUGAAGGAUGAUACUCAGUCUGUAGUAACAGAGGUAAGCCAGUCCCAGACAAAAGAUUGCACCCAGCCUGAGGCAAAACAGGACACUGUGUCAGUGGAAGAAGAGCACAUACAGCCUUUGGUAAAAGAGGAAACCGAUUUUCAAUUGAUAGAUA